AUGGCAACUGUCUUGAAUGAACAAGGAUCAGUUGUCGCCGUUUCGCACGACAUGAUCAUGGUGCGUUAUAACGGGAAAGGAGUCUUAUUCAAAAAGGAUAUGAUGAAUCGUACCUAUAAACACGACGACAUAGUUCAGUUCAGUGCCAAAAGAGCAACCACUGUAGAUAUCGAAGUUGGAGAUAAACUGUCUCAAAUGGCAAACUAUGAAAUUGGCUGGCUGGGUACUGAUAUCAAAUACAUCAAACCAGGUCGAUUGAUCAUGGCGGAAGGUGUGGUGAUCAAUAUUCCUGAUGAAAGAGCCCAAUUUAUGUUUGUUGAUUGGAAAUACACGAAAAAUCCGCCAGGCCUUCCAAAAAUUCCGGGCUACAAUAAACCACUUAACACUAAUGUAUUUAUUACGAAAGCUACUGUUCGUCCGGAGAUUGAAAAGCUCUCUGAAAUGUUCAAGCCAGGACAACGGGUGAAAUACGUUGCCAGAGAACAAGCACCAAACGAGCGAGGAGUUUGCUGGAGAGCAGCAAUCGCUACAGAUGAAUAUCAUGACAUUGUGGUUGAUACUACCUAUCAAGGUCGUCAAACUUACCGAGCAGUUCCGAAGACUGGUGUUACCCGUCCAGCCCCCCAGCCAGUAAAGACGCAAGCGAAACCAACUCCAACACCAACUGCAAUCGUCAACAAUCCACAUUCUGGACAACGACCGUUGGUGAAACCCAUUCCAAAACCAGCCGAAACGCCGAAGCCGGCAUCUUCAUCUGUUCUCACGUCAGCUCCAGCUUCUACCAUCCCAUCGACUUCCUCUUCCACACGGACCUCUUUUGACGUGGGAAAACCGCCACCAACCAAUGGUUUCGAUUACUUCGACACAACAGAAGAAGCUUGCAAUGCUAGAUUCAAUGCUUUCGCCGCAAAAUAUCGCAAGGAAAAUCCGACAUGCAUCUUCUCUCAAAAGUGUUUCGAAGGCUGUCUGAAAGUCAAAUAUCUCAACACCAUUACUGAACAACUUUCCGCCAUUAAAGUUGCUCAGAACUGA